UAUAAAAUAACAUAUGAAGAAAGCUUCUAUUCUACAUAGUUUAGCAUGAGUGCAUCAAGAAAAGAUGCUGACCUUGAGGAAAAACCAUCUUCAGAUUUGAGACUGUUUGGUUUUACGGUGACAGACUGUGAGAAAUCCUCAGUAACAGCAUAUAGCAAACGAUUUGAAUGCCAGUAUUGUCACCGAGGGUUUGCAAAUUCUCAAGCAUUGGGCGGCCAUCAAAAUGCACAUAAGAGAGAACGUGGACGUGCAAAGCGAGCCCAGUUCACAAAAGUUCAAAGGCUCAUAACAGCUAUUCCCAUCAUUACAAAGGAUUCAACAGGAUCAAGACCGUCGUCCAUUUGUGGUAGUACAGGUGCUGGUAUAGCUACGGUGUCGUUGUGUGCACCGGCACCACCAAGUACGGGAGGCGCUCCUCAGGUUGUAGGCCCGAGUGGUGUAGGGCUUAGAUCAGCUCCUCCGUUGAUUGCACAAGUUAACAACGGAGCAGAUGAUGACGUUGAUCUACACUUGCGGCUAGCGCCGUAUUCAUGAGAGACGAUUGACCUGCUGCUGGUAAUUCCAUGGCGGAUAUAGUAAUAAUAUGAGGUUGGACGGGACAAGCCAGAGGGAAAACGGUACCGUGUAGUAAUACUAUAUCCGUACGUGUUAUCUAGUUACAAGAUACAAGAGAAGAUUAAUGUGUUUUAUUUUGUAGUAAAAGAAAGCUAGUUUGUCCAAUUAUCAUUAAUUUGCAUGCUUGAUCAAUUAAGUAUUAUUAAUUAAUUAAUUAGUUAAA